CGCACGAACCGUUGCGGCUGAGCGGUUGCGGGCACAGCGGUUUGCCGGAGCGGAAUCCGGAGGGCGCCCAGGAUCUGUCUCUGAGGACAUGGACCCUGUGGUGGUGGUCCACGGAGGAGGAGCCAGUGGAAUCACCAAGGAACGCAGAGAGUGUGUGCGCCAGGGCAUCUUGAGCGCCGCCACCGUGGGUUACAACAUCCUCAAGGCGGGAGGCAGCGCUGUGGACGCUGUGGAAGGAGCCGUGGUGGUCCUCGAAAACGAUCCAGAGUUCAACGCAGGUUGUGGAUCGGUCUUGAACAUAAACGGGGACAUUGAGAUGGACGCUAGUAUCAUGGACGGGAGAGAUCUGUCCACGGGAGCAGUGUCCGCAGUCCGCUGCAUAGCCAACCCCAUUAAACUCGCACGCCUGGUUAUGGAAAAGACACCUCACUGCUUUCUGACUGACCGAGGGGCGGAGAAAUUUGCAGCAUCCAUGGGGGUCCCACAGAUUCCUGGAGAGCAGCUGGUCACCGAGAGAAGCCGGAAGCACCUGGAAAAGGAGAAGCGUGAGAAAGGGGCUCAGAAAGCGGACUGUAAAAAAAAUAUGGGAACCGUAGGUGCUGUUGCCUUGGACUGCAAAGGGAACGUAGCUUACGCCACCUCCACUGGGGGCAUCAUUAAUAAAAUGGUCGGCCGAGUUGGGGACUCACCAUGUGUAGGAUCCGGAGGCUAUGCUGACAACAACAUAGGCGCUGUGUCAACUACGGGGCACGGGGAGAGCAUCCUGAAGGUGAAUCUGGCCCGGCUGACACUCUUCCACCUCGAACAAGGGAAGUCGUUAGAAGAGGCUGCCACGCUGUCCUUGGGCUACAUGAAGUCGAGGCUGAGGGGCUUGGGCGGUAUCAUCCUGGUGGACAAGGCCGGAGGCUGGGUGGUGAAGUGGACUUCCACCAGUAUGCCCUGGGCGGCUGCUAAGGCCGGCAAGCUGCACUCGGGGAUUGAGCUGGGCGAAGUCAAUACCGUGGACCUGCUCUGAGCCGUGCAAGUGUGCCCUGGAUGCUAGCUUGGAGCCAGCACAGCGGAGCAGAGGCAGCCUCCGAGGGUCCCGGCGGCGCCGACCCUCCCUCCGGGACCCCACCGAGAGAGGCACCUCUCCAGCCUCCAGCUGCCGAGAGGCGGGAGCGGCCGUCACGUCCACGUCCCACGUCCCACGUCACGUCGUAAGUCCUACGUCGUCGGCGUAACGCGCUCGCUCGUGGCCGGGCCCCAAGGUCAACCCGCCCUCUGCGCAGCCCGUUUCCUUGGUGGAGCCCGCGCUGCUCCGUCCUGGUCCCCUCUGCUCGGCGUUCUGGUCUGCCAGGCCUCACCUCCCUCCGGAAAGCCAUCGCCACGAAUAAAAUGUCUUUUGAAAGAA